AUGACACGCCACCUUAUCAAGUCUUCAAACGCGACCAUCCAAACAACUGUCGAAGAAAUUGAUUUUUGCGACAAAAAUUCGACAUUCAAUGAUAUUGUUUUCAAGUUUCAAGAUUCGACAGAUAAAGUGUUAUAUUCGAGCAAAGCAAUGUUGUCAAUCCAUUCAAAAGUUUUCAAAGUGAUGUUCAAUUCCGAUUUCGAUGAGAAAAACAAGGAUACUAUCGAGCUUGAUGAAACAUUUGACGAAUUUGAGAUGUUGUUGAAAAUUAUAUAUCCAACAAAACAUGCGAUUGACAGCGAGAACAUCGAAACUCUUAUGAAAUUGGCGGAUAAAUACGAUAUGCCACAUUUGACAUACAGAUGUGUUGAGUUUUUGGACAAUGACAAAAGCAUUUCGACUGACUUCAAAAUGUUAUUAGCUGAUAAGUUUUCGAUUCCAAGAAUUCACGUGAGUUUUUCUUUUGAAAAAAAAACAAAUUUCACAAAUAAACAUUUCAGAACGAAUGCAUUCGAAAUUUCAAUGGAGAGUCAUUGGAAAAGUUCGAAAAAUCUGAAGUUUUCGAAAAACUGUCGGAUCCAACCAAAAUUCUGGUUCUCAAGAGAAGAAUCGAAGUUUUGAGCGAAGAAAAGGCGAAGGGGCCAAAGGUCAAAAUUCGAAGAUAUUGA